UUUUUUUUCUUUCUUUCUUUUUCUUUUGGCCUUCUUCUCUCCUUUUUUUUUUUUAUAUGCGCACACCUGCUUAUAUAUUUCCAACGCUAGACGACGAACCCAUAGUACCCAGCUUGAGUGACUACCAUACAAAAGAAAAAACGGCUACUUCAUCUGCUAUUAUGGAUCACCAAACAACCAACACGACCUUAAGAACAACUCAAAAACCUUUGUCCAAAGAGGAGACAGAAGAAAUAGAGUUGGACGCAUUGAUUAAAGACAAAGCACCUCGAGAAUUUGAAGAAGAAUCCCAAACAUUACAUAAACGAGACUAUGGCAAUUUUGCCCUGCUUGUCGUAUUAUAUCUAUUGCAAGGUAUUCCUGUGGGCCUGUCGUUUGGUUCCAUUCCAUUUUUAUUAAAGGCCAAAUUGUCUUAUUCACAAAUUGGUAUCUUCUCGCUCUCUUCAUGGCCUUAUUCGCUCAAAUUGCUUUGGUCUCCUAUUGUGGAUGCUGUCUAUAACCCUACCUUGGGUCGUCGUAAGUCAUGGAUUGUGCCUAUCCAAAUCCUGACUGGCAUCUUGUUCUAUCUACUCGGUAACCAUAUCGACCAAAUGAUGAAUGCAGAACAUGUUCCAAUCUAUACACUGAUGUAUUCAUUCUUGACAACCAUCUUCUUUUGUGCUACUCAAGAUAUUGCUGUGGAUGGAUGGGCAUUGACUUUAUUGUCGAAAGACUCACUUUCGUAUGCAUCCACUGCUCAAACGAUUGGUUUAAACUGUGGUUAUUUCUUGAGUUUUACUGUCUUUUUGAGUUUCAAUAGUUCUGAAUUCAGUAACAAGUAUUUACGCAGUGUGCCUCAAGAUGUGGGCGUUUUGGGACUAGGUGAAUACAUGCGAUUCUGGGCUGUAAUGUAUUUGAUCAUUACUGCCUAUUUGGUGUUUUUUAAGAAGGAAAUCAAUGUAGAAGAUGAAGAAAGUCAAUUGGGUAUUGCUGGUGUCUAUUCUACUAUUUGGAAGAUCUGUCAAUUACCACAUAUGCGAUCUUUUGUGCUUGUGUUGUUGGUCUCCAAACUUGGUUUUAUUUGUCAUGAGGCAGCUACUUCAUUGAAACUGCUAGAAAAGGGAUUUUCAAGAGAAGAUUUAGCGUUUUCUGUCUUGUUGGAUUUCCCUCUUCAAAUCUUUUUUGGUUAUUAUGCAGCAAAAUGGUCCAAUGGAACAAGACCUUUGAAACCAUGGCUUUAUGCUUUCUAUGGUCGUUUAGCAUGUUCAGCAUUAGGGAUGUUGAUUGUAGCUGGCUAUCCUCAAGGUCAAUCUGUUGGCAUGUUUUAUUUUGGUGUGAUCAUGCUAUCUACAGUGCUUAGUUCAUUCAUGUCCACUGUUCAAUUUGUCAGUAUUUCUGCUUUUAUGACCAGUAUUGCUGACCCAGUCAUUGGUGGCACUUAUAUGACAUUAUUAAACACCUUUAGUAAUUUUGGUGGUACAUGGCCUAAAUUCUUUGUUUUGGAAGCUGUGGAUUAUUUCACUGUCAAUACAUGCUCAUUAUCCAAUGAUGCUGGAGAAGUCAUUGCAUGUACAACAGACACAGGCAAAGAGCUAUGCCAGCAAAUCCAUGGUACUUGUCAAAUACAAAGAGAUGGUUAUUAUACUGCAGGCACACUCUGUGUUGUUCUUGGUUUAGUUAUGUUAAUAGGCUACAUUAAACCCACUGUCAAACAGUUGGAGAGAUAUCCCAAAAAGAUGUGGCGAUUAAAUUCAGAAGCCAAAGAAUAAUAAAC